AAAGCGCAGAUCUGGUGGGAGCCAUUAAGCGGCCCGAGUCCCCAUUGGAGCAUAAGUGGAGAUGUCCCUGUUUGUUUGCAGAUGAAUAUCUCUGCUCGCGCUUUGCUCAUCAUCUGUGUUCAUGCGGCGCAUCAGUCCCAUAAACCAUUAGCUCCGGCUUCUCCUUUCAUCUUGUAGGUGGCGGACGUUGCUAUUUAUCCAGCGGCGAUCAAUGAGUGGCGUCAGUGAGAGAGUAAUGACGAUUGCACCAUUAGGGAUGACAGCUUAGAAAGAAGAGGGCAAUGGUGUUCCCUCCCAGAGCCAGAAGCGCACAGAGCAGUGGAGGCACAGCAGGGUCACCGUCUCUCUGCUCGUCUGCACUCACUUUCCAUGGAAGGCAGGAAGGAGAUGCUCGUGUAUUUGGAGGGAGGGCAGCUUGGCAGUGUUGUUGGCAAGAGAAUGGCUCAUUUGUCGGACGCAGUGGGAAGCCCCAUGGCAGAGCCGCAGGACAAGCUCGUUCCUAAGAGCUGCCUGAACCCCAGGGCUGGCCCCAUAGCGCACAGAGACAGAGCGGAGGAGAUAGAAGUGGACGUUGGACAACAAGUAAAGGGUCAGCAAAGGAGCAGGUCCCCCCAACUCAUGAUCUCAUCUCCGUCUCACCCACCGGCGCUCUCCGACUCCCUGUCCGCCAAGGGGCAACACAGCAGCUCGGACACCGAGUCCGAUUUUUACGAGGAGAUCGAAGUGAGCUGCACCCCGGACUGUAACUCCGCCACCUCCGACUAUCAGCAGCAGCAACACAGCGCAGGUCAGUGCCCAGAGCCCAUGGGAGGCAGCCCUGUCAAUGACAGCGAUUUAUCCAAGGGAAGCGACGGAUCGCACGGCUCUCUCUCCACCUGUGCCGCGGACCAGAUGCGCAGAUAUCGGACAGCCUUCACCCGCGAGCAGAUCGGGCGACUCGAGAAGGAAUUCUACCGGGAGAACUACGUGUCCAGGCCCAGGAGGUGUGAACUGGCUGCGGCCCUUAACCUGCCUGAGACCACUAUAAAGGUGUGGUUCCAAAAUCGCAGGAUGAAGGACAAGCGACAGCGACUGGCAAUGACUUGGCCUCACCCAGCUGAUCCGGCUUUCUAUAGCUAUAUGAUGAGUCACGCAGCAGCCACGGGCAACCUACCUUAUCCUUUCCCUUCUCACCUACCUCUUCCUUACUACUCUCACAUGGGCAUCAGCGCUGGUUCAACUGCAGCCGCCACCCCCUUCAGCGCCCCCUUGAGGCCACUGGAUACGUUCCGAGUUCUGUCCCAUCCUUACCCCAGGCCUGACUUGCUCUGUGCGUUCCGCCACCCUUCCAUUUACGCCUCACCUGCACACGGACUGGCGACUGGCGGCAGCCCCUGCAGUUGCCUGGCAUGUCAUAGUACCUCAUCCAACGGCCUCGGCCAAAGAGCUGCAGCAUCUGACUUUACCUGCUCCUCCACUUCCAGAUCAGACUCCUUCCUCACCUUCACCCCCUCCAUCCUCAGCAAGUCCUCGUCUGUCUCGUUGGGCCAGAGAGAAGAGGUGCCUUUAACCAGAUGAACUUUGUGCUUCUCGCCAUAAUACUGUCUUAAUACAUUAUGCACAUUCCCCAAGGUGACAUUCAGAAACUGAUCAGGUCAGCCCUACCUUUCCUUUCUUACAACUACGAACCGAACCAUGGAAAAAAUAUUGUCAACGUCAACAAAGACGAACUUCUUUGACGCUAUGUGACAGUUUGUCUCAGUGAGUGUGGCUGCCAGUUUCACAGGCUGAAAUUACCAAUCCGGAAUACUUGAAUGUAAUGUUGCCACAGAACAAAGGUCUUGUAACAAAGGGACACUCUUUUUUCGGGGGGGGGGGAGGGAAUAAAAAUAUUCUAAAGUUUUAUGUCCCACAUCAGUAUUAUACAGUAUUUAUUUUGCACAGGCGGGGAUUACACUUUUGUCGCUUCUCUUCCUUUUUAUUUAUCUUUUGAGCUUUCCACCCCGUGUGGACAAAUUUGUUGACAUCUUCCUAUGGUUUUGUGUUGGCAUCAUUUAUUUCCCUCAUUUCCGAAGCAUUUAUUUUGUGAUCGCUUAUUCUCUUCUUCCAAACACUGGUUUUUGGGUAAUCGAAUUCCCAUGAGCUGCUGAUAUUCGCACACACUGGUGAUAUUAUGGGGUGAUGUAUAUGUUUUUUUUUCUUUCUUUUCGCCUAUGCAUUUUGAAUGUAUAAUUUUUCCCCAGUGAAGACUCUGUGCCAACCCUUUAACAAGCCGCAUAGGGAACGGAUUAGUCAAGGCCAGAUCUCUGCAGAUGAAACGCACGCAGUCUCGCUUCCCUAUACAGACAUGGGAUCUGCAUCAGGCUCUCUCCAUUCACUUUAAAUCGGAUUAUUUCGUUUAUUUUGCUUUUAAUUAUUAUUAUUAUUAUUUCCAAAUUGUACUUGACGUUUCAGGGAGUUUGUUUACAUGUGUUACAUUAUUUAUAAUUUGCUUUUAUUGCACAGGCGGGUUGUGUUGAAAGUGUCUACCUGAAUCGUCUGUCUGAGCACAGCCCCUGCCUUUUUUUAUAUAUAUUUUAAGAAUAUCAGAAGAGUGGGUUUGUUAUAUCUUUACUUUGUGAAAUGAGAACAGUUAAACCAAGCAACUGUUGAAAAUCUGUUAAUGAUUCGCAAUAAAAAUAAUACAAGAGCGUAUU